CGGAGAACGGGGCGUGGACUCCCGUGUGAGUUCAACACUCGACAUGAGGAUCGUCAUACUGAUACUCGCUAGUAUUCACAGUAUUCUCUCACAGUAUUCGCAAACGUCACGAACGACAUCGCAACCACAACCUCAGUGCCAAUGUAUAACACCACCUGCUGGACCACUACCAUGCCUACCGUACGAUUCUCGCUUUCAAGCGGCAACGCUCGAAGAAGCAAUGUUGUCGUUUCCUGAUCUCACAAUAAAUCAAGAAGAACCAGGACAGGCGUCAACUAUAGAGGAAGAGAUGAACUGCACUACGCAAGCGUGUCUCGAUUGUCGUGAUGAUAUGCGAAGGAAGCUUCAUGAGGUCGGUCUUAUGAACGCGACUAUUACCGAAAUCCUGCAGUCCACAAACUUCACAAGCACUUGCCAAAAAUAUCGAUUCGCUCGAAAAGACAAAGGAAUGCACAAUAGAGGAGCACCAGUCGAAAAUUCUGAUGAAGAUGACGAUGACGACAGCGAUAGUUCAGAUGAAAAAAUGAGAUGGAGGAAACGAUGGCGUCAUGGACGCCGUCAAAAGAGACAAAUUGUGCAAGCGAAUUCUAGUACUCAAAACAUUGUUGGAGAACGCUUCGUCCUUUCCUGCACAACCAAGGGAGUCACUCCUGAUGUGACAGGUACAGUAGCGCUAUGCUCCGCUUGUUGGGUUUGGAGGCGUCUACCCGACAAUUACUCUCCACAGUACAUCAACGAGCUUCUUUGUGAUACUGACACAAAUUGUCUCAGCGGCUAUGCUGGCUGCCAACUCGGUCAUCGAACAAUUGAAGUCGUGCGCAAUGACACUGGUGUGAUGAGAAGCGUUGCGCUCACGGCUGGUUCAUACUGCGAAUGUCGCGCUACAGCAAACUCUGCUAUUCAAACUCUUGUUGAUGGCAGUGGCCUACCGUCGCUACCGGCAGUCGGCACUUCAGCCGCUCCUUCACUGAGCUCCUCAGCAAUCCCACCGGUCACAUCUGGAGCUCAAAGGAUCUUGUAAAUUCUAUGUUCAACAUUGAUAAAUUACAACAAUCUCUUAUGUACAUGAAUAUUUGCUCGUUGAAUGAUUGUAAUAAAUUUUUGCCUAAU